AUGGCUCUUUGUUUGCAUAAAGAGGAGGGGAAAGGGAAUGGAGGGUCUGAUUUAAGAUUUAAGCCUAAUUUAAUUAGUUAUGCCACACUUAUUCAUGGCCUUUGUGAGGAGGGGUUGUUGGACAAGGGUAAACAGUUGUUUUUGGAGAUGAAGGGUAAAGGAAUUAGGCCAGACUUGAUUACAUAUAGUGGUUUAAUUCAUGGUUUAUGUGAGGGCGAUAGAGGCCACAAACGAGAUGUUGUAAGCUAUAAUGUAUUGAUCAGUGGGUAUGGCAAAAUUCAUAAAUUAGAAGAGGCAAUGAGGCUUUUUAAAGAAAUGGUUUCUGAAGUAUACAAGCUAGAUGUAAUUACAUUCAACACUUUGUUGACUGGUCUAUUUCACUUUGGUGAUGUUAAGGAUGCACGGACACUUUUUUAA